AUGCCGAAACGCGGACCUAAACGCCAGAAGACCUCAGCUGACGACAAUGCGAGUAAGGAUGAUGAGGAGAGAAGGCUGGAGAGCCUACUUUUGGGGUACCAAGACGAAGACGAGGGUGAGGAAGAGAACGGGAAGGAACUUCAGAACCUUACGGACAGAGACUUGUUCUUCGUAGACGAUGAUGCUGGUCCUUCUGGCGAGGCUGGCAGGGAUGAGGAAGAUGACGACGAGGAAAACGAGGAAGAAAAAGGAAGCGAUGAUGAUAACGACGACGACGACGAAGCCGAGCCAGCCGAGCGACUGGCCAAGCCUGAACCCGUACUCUCCUCUCGCAAAAAGCCAGCAUGGACGGACCCUUCUGAUCCUCCAGUUGUGUCCCUUGUCGCGUCCAAGCGCUCACGAAAACUCCGUGACGCGCCCUCUGAAACAACACUGUCAGGCCGAGCUCCAGAUGGGCUAAGAAACGACGGCGUGAAGGCGAAGACGACGACAAACGAUAACGACAGCCUAUUCACAUCGACAGCAGGAAUACUGUCACGGCAGAGUCGGCGUACACUGUCGCCUGGGAUCCUCGCCAUCGAGCGACUUCGUGACGCCAACCAGUCUUCGCAAAAAGCCGACGUCAAGUCGCUCGCCUUUCACCCCAGUGAGCGUGUCCCCGUACUUGCAGUCGGCACGUCGGACCGUCGAGUGCGCUUGUACAACGUCGACGGACACACCUCUCCGCUUCUGCAAACACUGCAUAUACCCACGAUUCCCUUCACAUCCCAAUCCUCCGUUUCCUUCCAUCCAUCAGGGACGCACCUCCUACUUACUGGUAACCGCCCAUACUACGCCGUGUAUGACCUCCAAUCUGGCGCUCUCAAAACACACAACGGGCUAUGGGGAACACGAUUCUCCACCCCGGGAAUUGCCAAGGCAGAGUGCAUGGAGAUAACAGCAUUCUCACCUACUGGUGAGAUGCUAGCUGUGGCAGGCCGAGGUGGGAACGUGCAUCUUGUUGAUUGGCGGAGCGGAGGCGGGCAAGUUGUCGGGACGCUCAAGUGUGGGGCGGGCGGCGGGAUUCGGGAGCUGUGGUGGACGAAGGAAAGGGAGGAGGAGGGCCUGGUGGUGCUCACGGGAGACGCCGAAGUUUGCUUAUGGGAUGUUGGUCAGCGACGGGGCGGGUUCAGAGGGGCGGGCCGUGCCAUGGCCGGGACCACAACUGGCGGAUGGAUGGCUAUCGGUUCGAAUUCCGGGUUAGUGAACAUGUACACUGCCGACGCAUUCGUUGGCACCAGUAGUAGUACCGCCCAACCAAAACCGACCAAAACUAUCGGCAAUUUGACCACUGCGAUAUCAACACUACGCUUUAACCACGACGCGCAGUUAAUGGCUGUAGCCAGCCGGGAGAAGAAAGAUGCAAUGAAACUGAUACAUCUUCCAUCGCUCACAGCCUUCUCCAACUGGCCUACAUCAAGUAGUCCUAUUGGACACGUCACCGCUGUAGACUUCUCUCCGCGAAGCGAUUAUCUUGCUAUUGGGAACACCAAAGGAAGGGUGUUGCUUUAUCACCUAAGGGACUACGGCAAGUCGUGAUUUCAUGGUAAAAGUAGAAUGGACAUCAUAUGAUUUUAUUGCCGUGACAAGUAAAAAGUAUGCGUAUGAUGAUUACCCAUAAUGACGAUACAUACAUAAGAGGGGACGGGUAACAGAAC